AACUUAUAGGUACUACAAGAGGAUGGCAACUAAAGUGGAACUGUUUUAUGAUGUGUUGUCUCCGUAUUCCUGGUUUGCAUUUGAAACCCUAUGUCGCUACAGGGGACCAUGGAAUUUGGAUUUGUACUUCCGACCCUUUUUCCUUGGUGGACUUAUGAACCUGGCUGGGAACAAACCACCCAUGACUGUCCCCAACAAAGCUCAGUACAUGCAGCAUGACCUUCAGCGAGGAGCUGAGUAUUUCAAAGUGCCUCUUCGGAACAUAUCUGAUCCAGUCAAGACAUUGUUUGAGAAGGGAUCACUGCCUGCCAUGAGAUUUGUGACAGCUGUUGCAAAAGAAAAACCAACAUUUGUAGAAGAGGUGUCCAGGCAGUUCUGGUGGCGACUUUGGCAUCAUGAUGAAGACAUCACAGAGGCAGAGAGCUUUAAAGAAGUGGGUGAAAGGGCUGGUCUUUCUAAAGAGGAUAUCCAGCAAUGUCUUGAGAUGCUGAAAACAACUGCUGUCAAAGAAAAAUUGAAAAAAGAAACUGAGUAUGCAUAUGAGAAAGGAGCAUUUGGAUCUCCUUACAUCAUUGCUCAUGCCAAUGGGGAGGAGCAUUGCUUCUUUGGCUCUGAUCGUUUCCCAAUACUUGCUAUGGUGCUAAAGAAGAAGUGGAUUGGACCUGAUCCAUUGUCCCCAUCUGAACUGGAUGGUUCCAUGACAUCUAAACUUUGAGCAGGGUUGUUAUGCAAUAUCCAUUCCAUUUGUAUUAAGGGGCAGAAUCUUAGCAUUUCUACAUGCUUACCUUCUAUCUUCAAGCAUCUUGAAAGUCUCAUAUAUGGCUUAGCAGAGAAAGGUUUGUGUUUAAUGGGUGCUUGAUUUGAAUUAUGUGUGCUAUAUCAUGUGCAGGGAUUUGAUCUUAUUGAAUAAUCAGUGCUAUAUGAAAUGC